AUCAGAAUUCUGUGCAUGAUACCCUAUAAUUAUCAGAACCCCAAUUCGGCAAAGUACGUGAAACGAACUUGGGGAAAGCAUUGCAAUGUUUUGCUUUUUGUGAGCGGCUACGUCGACGAUGAACUGGAACCCUACGUGCCCGUGGUGAAUUCUACGGAUACAUGGACCCUGGUCCACAAGGGCCUGAUACACGCCUACCAGAUGUAUGGGGACAAGGCCGAUUGGUUCCUCCGGGCGGAGGACAGCAAUUUCGUCGUUCUGGAGAACCUAAGGUAUAUGAUAGAUCGCAAAAAAUAUUUACCCUCCCAGCCGAUUUACUUUGGCUACGAACUGGAGAAUAUCUACACUCAUGAGUCUUUUAUAUUUUUCAAAAGUGGCUACGUUAUGAGCCAUGAAGCCUUGAAAAUAUAUACUGAGAUGUCCAAGGAGCUCCAAAAUGAACACUGCUUGCACUUGGAAGGAUUUACGGAGGAUGUGGAGCUACAGAGAUGCCUAAGUCACGUGAAUGUCAAAACAGUAGACUGUCGCGAUGAACUUGGUCACGAGACCUUUUCCCCGAUUCCCAUGUAUUACCAUUUUUUGGACGGCUAUGGUUUUAUACCUUGGCUGAAGAAUUUAAGUUUCAAAAAAGUUGAAGAGGACACAGUACCCCUCUCCAGACGAGCCAUAUCAUUUCGUGUUUAUUAUCCUCCUGAAAUGUACGAUUACUAUUAUUUGGUUUACAAAACGAGAAUCUUUGGACAGUUCUCGCCCAACUCUGUAGAAUUUCAGACUUAAUAAAGGACUCACCUCGGGCAGCUGUCGCUGAUGAUUCAAUUUCGGGAGGAGAACUUCCUAGUAAUUUGAAGUACCCCAGGACUGGUCCGCAUAAUUCAUUUCAUAUACGUAUGGAAUAUAUGGGAAGGCUGGGAAAAGGGGGAGGAUAAACGUGUUCAUCAAUGAAUCUGUCGUCUGAGCCUGGAGUCUCAAUUUUCCCAAAGCCCUUUGUCUGCAAAAUUACUUCCGUUUUCCUUCGUUUUUUUCCUUUUAUUUUGUGGCCUGGAACUGCAACUGCAAAGUGUCAUUGUUGCAUCAUGUCUGGGAGAUGGAGAUGGAGAGGAAAUAUAUCCGUAUGUGAAUGCAAUAUUGCACUUUUGCCUGC